AUGGGACCAGCUCCUCCUGAAUCUGACUGUGACUGUGAUCUCCUGAGCUAUGGAACAUCUUCCCAGAAGAGUAUAACUAUGCAAAUAGGCACAAAAACCUUGAAGUCUAUCCAGGUACCCACCUUGGUGGAUGGCUGCAUUGACUGGUCAGUGGAUCUCAAGACAUACAUGGCUUUGGCAGGUGAACCAGUACGGGUGAAAUGUGCCCUUUUCUACAGUUAUAUUCGCACCAACUAUAGCAUGGCCCAGAGCACUGGGCUCAGGCUUAUGUGGUACAAAAACAAAGGUGAUUUGGAGGAGCCCAUCAUCUUUUCAGAGGUCAGGAUGAGCAAAGAAGAAGAUUCAAUAUGGUUUCAUUCAGCUGAGGCACAAGACAGUGGAUUCUACACUUGUGUUUUAAGAAACUCGACAUAUUGUAUGAAGGUAUCAAUGUCCUUGACUGUUGCAGAGAAUGAAUCAGGCCUGUGCUACAAUAGCAGGAUACGCUAUUUAGAAAAAUCUGAAGUCACUAAAAGAAAAGAGAUCUCCUGCCCAGACAUGGAUGACUUUAAAAAGUCUGAUCAAGAGCCUGAUGUUGUGUGGUACAAGGAAUGCAAGCCAAAAAUGUGGAGAAGCAUAAUAAUACAGAAAGGAAAUGCUCUUCUAAUCCAAGAAGUUCAAGAAGAAGAUGGAGGAAAUUACACUUGUGAACUUAAGUAUGAAGGAAAACUUGUGAGACGAACGACUGAAUUGAAAGUUACAGCUUUACUCACAGACAAGCCUCCCAAGCCAUUGUUCCCCAUGGAGAAUCAGCCAAGUGUUAUAGAUGUCCAGCUGGGUAAACCUCUGAACAUCCCUUGCAAAGCAUUCUUUGGAUUCAGUGGAGAGUCUGGACCAAUGAUCUACUGGAUGAAAGGGGAGAAGUUUAUUGAAGAACUGGCAGGUCACAUUAGAGAAGGUGAAAUAAGGCUCCUCAAAGAGCAUCUUGGAGAAAAAGAAGUUGAGUUGGCACUCAUCUUUGAUUCAGUGGUGGAGGCUGACCUGGCAAAUUAUACCUGCCAUGUGGAAAACCGAAAUGGACGGAAACAUGCCAGUGUUCUGCUGCGUAAAAAGGAUUUAAUCUACAAAAUUGAACUUGCAGGAGGCCUGGGAGCAGUCUUCCUCCUCUUCAUACUGCUUGUGGUCAUCUACAAAUGCUACGAUAUUGAACUAAUGCUCUUCUACCGACAGCAUUUUGGGGGUGAUGAAACUACCAAUGAUAACAAGGAAUAUGAUGCCUAUCUGUCUUACACAAAAGUGGACCAAGAUACUUUAGACUGUGAAAAUCCUGAAGAAGAGCAGUUUGCUCUUGAAAUACUGCCAGAUGUCCUGGAAAAACACUACGGAUAUAAACUCUUCAUACCAGAAAGGGACCUGAUUCCAAGUGGAACAUACAUUGAAGAUCUCAUAAGAUGUGUUGAGCAAAGCAGAAGACUUAUUAUUGUGCUAACUCCAGACUAUGUUCUCAGACGAGGAUGGAAUAUUUUUGAAUUGGAAAGCAGGCUCCAUAACAUACUAGUCAGUGGAGAAAUCAAAGUGAUUUUGAUUGAGUGUACAGAAUUAAGAGGAAAGGUGAAUUGCCAGGAAGUGGAAUCACUAAAGCGCAACAUCCAACUUCUGUCCCUAAUCAAGUGGAAGGGACCCAAAAGCAGCAAAUUAAAUUCUAAGUUUUGGAAGCAAUUAGUAUAUGAAAUGCCCAACAAGAAAAAAGAAAUGCUUUCUCGGUGCCAUGUUCUGGACUCUGCAGAACAAGGACUUUUUGGAGAACUCCAGCCUAUUCCCUCUAUUGCCAUGACCAGUACCUCGGCUUCUCUGGUGUCAUCUCAAGCUGAUCUCCCUGAUUUCCACCCUUCAGAUUCAAUGCAAAUGAGACACUGUUGCAGAGGGUACAAACACGAGAUGCCAACCACCACCUUACCAGUACCUUCCUUAGGCAACGAACACACUUACUGCAACCUGCCUCUUACGUUCCUCAAUGGACAGCUACCCCUUAAUAAUGCCCUGAAAGAUACCCAGGAAUUUCAUAGAAACAAUUCCUUGCUACCUUUAUCAUCCAAAGAGCUUAGCUUCACCAGUGAUAUUUGGUAGUGAAAACUCUACAUCCUCUGAACAGCUAUGUGAACAUACAGAAUUUC